CCUGCAAUAGCAUGGGUUUCACAAGUAGAAGUACCAUCGGAACUGACGUCAAGGAUUAUAUCGCAACACCGGAAAAAAAGAUACAUAAAGUAUCGCUAUUCAAAACUCAGCAGGACUGCUUCUGAGUGUCACUAUGAGUACUACUAAAACCAGAUACUGAAAAUUUUAGUCAAUUGCAUGGACAAAACACGACAGCAUGGCAGUGCUCGCGGAUGGUCCAGUUUCAACAUCACUGCUACCCCGCUCACCUGCAACGGAUCCGGUUGAUCUUGGCUCGGAGUUGCGCCACUUAGAGAUGUCACACCUCGCGUCUAGGCGAAUGACAGGAAGUGCUGUCGACAGUGGACGUUUUUCCUCGCUGGAUUCGAGGCCUGCCGAUCCGCGGCGAGAUACACGCAUCGUGCGGAUCAGAGCAGGAGCAGAACCAUCGGCAACUGCAUCGGCAUCGCUCACCGGCGGUCGUGGCAACGCGGUGCUGAUGCAGCGCGUUGCGCAAGAGGAGCGGGAAUGGAGUUUCCGCCUCGGGGCGUCCUGUGUGGACGACUUCGCCAGCUAUGCCUUUCGAAAAGUGUUUGCAUUUUGGAACCGUUUGUCUCAAAAAGUGUUUACGCAUAGAUCAUUCUCCUGGCCGCGAAGAAGUGCUGGGGAGGGCGGGGAUGGCGGAACCAAUAAGUAUCGCCCUUCCAACAUCAAAAGAUAGAAAGAACUUCAUCUAGCUGCACCCAGACCAAAGCUUUGAGGAUCUUCUCAGAAAUGUUGAUUCAGGACUUUGAUUGACAGCUCAGUCACUAAAGGCCACGUGAUCUUGUCAGAGUAUGUUCCCGAUAUAGUAGCAAUAGGACCUAGUCAGAGGACACCUAGCUCCACAAGAAACACGCACCUGGGUGGAUCGCCAUUAAUUA